UUUCUAAAGGGGUGUUGAAGGUUCUCGAGGAAUACAAGGAGGGAUUUCAUUGGUUUGGGUUGGAAGAGGUUUUGAAGUUGUUUUCUAAGCUUGGUUUUUAUUCUUCUAAGGAGGGGAAGGGCACUUUCCAUUGAUUCAUUCCUCUGUUACAGAAAGCCAGGGUUUGAUGGUGGGUGGUGAGGUUUUGAUUAGUUUUUUUUUUUUUUUUUCAUAUGACAAUUUUAGAAUUUUAGGUUUUGUUCAUCACCUCUUCCGUAUACCUAUUGAUAUAUGUAUCUUUCCCUUACCAGAGACUUUUCACAAGACGUCUUUUGUUUGUGUAGGGAGUUUGGACUGGACUUGUUAUUAUGUCAAGCAUUUGAACUGGACCUAUCACCUUAGCCGUAUGGCCAGACCUAUUUUUUCAUUUGUUGUUAGAACAUCAAAUGAUUUAUAUCCUAUCAUUGAAAGUGCUAAUGAUUUAUAUCCUAAAGUCAUCAAAUUGCAUGCUCAUCUCAUGUUAUUUAUUGUUCUGUUGCCAUGUUAUUGUUGAAUUUUUCUUUUGCUUUUGAAUAAAUAUUCACUACGAGUAACUUGAGUUUGAAGAGAGAGAUUAAAUCAGAUUAUGAUAAUCUUCUUAUAUUAGAAUAUUUCAUUUUUAUUUUUUUUGUUUACAUCUCUACAAAUCUCUACAUAUCUCUCAUUGAUCUCUCUUAUCUCUUAUAUAUUAUUGUUAUUGUCAAUUAGAUAAACAAAUUAUAAUUUCUUCAAUGUAGUUUCUUGAUAUUUAACACAUUUUAAAGAAAUUUUUCUGAGAACAGUACCGGUGUAUGUAUGACCAAAGGGUGUUCAUCUGUUGACUCCACCAUGAACAUGCCUCAUCCAAAUAUUCAUCUCUAUUAUUGUGUUUCAAUUAUAAAAAAUGUGUUUUGAUUAAUGUAUUUCUUUCUAGUGAAUGGGUUAGAAAGUUUCAGUUAUCAAUCGAUGCGCCUGUAUAAGUGGACCGGAGAUCCAUGCUUGCCAUCAAAUUCAACUUGGGAAUGGUUGAGUUGCAAUGACAAGGAUCCCCCACGAGUUACGGCUAUCUAUCUCUCUGGAUAUAACCUUAUGGGUUAUCUUCAAAACUUCAGCCAAAUGGAAGCCCUUGAAAUUAUAGAUUUGCACAACAACAACCUUCGAGGGCCUAUACCUGACUUCCUUGGAGAAUUUCCAAACCUGCGAGUGCUGAACUUAGCCAACAAUAAUUUUGAAGGCAGCAUACCGAAGUCGAUUCUAAACAACGAUAGAAUAUCCUUCAAUGCAAGUGGAAACCCGGAUCUGAAAUUUCCAAAGAAGAAGAAGAACAUUGGUCUUAUAGUGGGCCUCACCAUCGGAAUGCUGAUUGUCGUUGUGGUUCUUUGCCUCAUAGUCACAGCAUUUCUCCGUCGAUCAAGGAAAAGAAGAGAACAAGAAGCAGCAAGAGGAGAACCUCGUCACCUUCAAGUACUCAAUGAUCAUGAGGACUCAGAGGUGGGCCAAUACGGGCAACUAGCCAAAUAGAAUACCAUAAGCUGCUCAGCCCUUCUGCCCCACCAUGUGAUAAUUUAGACUGUUCGUCUGUAAGGUCCCACCAUGAAUGGGCCACAUGGAAAAUAUCUUGCUCAUUAUUUUUAUGGAUCGUAUGACAUAAUUUAGAAAAAAAAAAUCGUCCAGGAAAGCAAUUUCUGACUUUAGGCUCCUAAUGGUUAGGAGCUCCAAUCAGUGAGAAUUUUCAUUGUGGACCAUAUGUGGUGGAGCCUUUUAAAAGAACGGUAUGAUCAUAAUGUGGUGGGAUAGAAGGGCGGAGCCUUUAUAUGUACGUAGUAAGUAUAAUGCCAUACGCUUACGCUUAGAUGAUGAAACCAUU